UCUGUUCGCAACUAAGGUGUAGCUCUUCCUUGCCUCGUUCCUGUUGUGCUGAUCACAGGAGCAUGGCGGCGGACGCAGAAACGGCAGACUUUACUCCGAAAUAUAACGAUUUUUCUUGGAAGGUGUUCAACGACCCAAUACAUGGUCAUAUCUCUCUCCAUCGGGUGUGUGUGGCAAUUAUCGACACACCCCAGUUUCAGCGGCUGCGAAACAUCAAGCAGCUAGGGGGAGGCUACUUUGUCUAUCCAGGCGCCUCACACAACCGUUUUGAGCAUUCGAUUGGAGUCUGCCACCUGGCGGGAGAACUGGUCAAGACACUUCAGAAGAGACACCCAGACCUGAUCACUGACAAAGAUGUACUUUGUGUGGAAAUCGCCGGCCUGUGUCAUGACUUGGGUCACGGGCCCUUUUCUCAUGUGUUCGACAACAUGGUCAUUCCACUUGUUACAAACGAAAAAUGGAAGCACGAAGACGGUUCAGUGGACAUGUUUGAUUACAUGAUCCAGCAGAAUCGUAAUCUGAGACAGGAACUGAUAAAGUGCGGUAUAAUGCCAGACGAACAACUGGAUUUGCCAGACGGCACUAAACCGGAAGGGAAAGAUCUUGCUUUCAUAAAAAAUCUUAUCUGUCCGCCAUCUGAGGACGAGGAAAAAAAGUUUCCUGACGACGGUCGAGGACCCCAUCAAGAGUUCCUGUACGAGAUCGUGGCCAACAAGAAAAGUGAGGUGGAUGUAGACAAGUGGGAUUACUUCCUUCGAGACUGUCAUCACCUGGGCAUGCGCAGUAGUUUCGAUCACAACCGCUACAUCCGCUUCGCACUUGUCAUCGAGCACCAAGGGAAGGGCCGACUGUGUGUUCGCGAUAAAGAAGCAUUCAAUAUUUACCAGCUGUUUCAAACAAGACACGCGCUGUAUAAAAAGGCCUACAAGCACAGAGUGACAAAUGCUGUAGAAUAUAUGAUCACGGACAUUUUAGUGGAAGCUCGCGACGUUAAGCUCAUUCCUGGAGAAAGAACAAACGAGAAGAGGACGAUACUGGAGUGCAUCGACGACAUGGACGCCUACACCAACCUCACUGACGACGUUUUACAGCUCAUCCGGGUCAGUGACGAUGUCAACCUCCGCAAAUCUCAAGCACUUAUUAAGGCGUUGAACACACGGAACCUGUACAGGUUUGUGGCACAGACCAAGCCUUUCACUUACAACAUUCCAGAGAUUCUUCCCAGAAACCCGGAGGAGAUGAAAAAAGUACUUUGCAAAGACACUGCUAUCCCGGAGGAACGAAUCAUAGUACAGGAAGUGACUCUAGAUUUUGGCAAAAAGAAGAAAAACCCUGUGGAUGAGCAACUCUUCUUCAGCAAACAAAAGUCUAAAAAGGCUAAGACCGUUUCUCAGAGCAUGGAAGCUAAUCUGGAUUCAGACAACGUGGAAGCGCAGAUAUCGGAAGAACAACCAAAAAGGAAAAGCUACAAGGCAAAAACCAUUUCACAAACUGAGGUGUCCUACUUACUUCCGAAAGAAACGUUUCAAGAACGCCUCAUUCGAGUCUACCUCAAGCAUGCAUGGAAAGAAGACAUGACGCUUGCUGAUCACGAUGACGACGAAUGUGAAAAACUCAAAAAAUCAUUCAAAAAGCUGUGCGGCUGCCAUUAUAAAGUGGAGGAGGACGAGGAUCAAGAAACAGCACACGAAGACAGGACAGAUCAGGAAAAUCCCAGAAACGAGGAAAGUGCACCAGGAACCUCAUCGCAAUCUGAUCAGUAGACAAGAUCACAAGAGGAAGUGGAAAGUCAGGAAAAUCCAAUGGCCAAGAAAGCUGCUGGGAGACGAACACGAUUGUCCAUCUGCCUUCAGAGCUUUACAGAUGACUCCUCCUGUGUAUACAUGUAGUAGUAGAGAUUAAUACGCUUAAGAUUAUAUCAUGUGUUUCGUGAAUGUUUUUAUUAGUUUUAUUGACAGCUUUUACAUCUUUUGUGAAACAUAACAAUUAUAAUCGUAUUUUUGCACAGUGUUCACUGUAAGCAUCUAUAAUGCAUAUACAAUCCAAACCCUGGUGUCAGUGUCAGUGUCAGUGUAUUCAAUUCGAAUAGCAUAUGAUAAUAACGUUUGGAAGGCCGACAUUAUUUAUAAAUGUAACAAUUAGAAUACAGUAUUGUGGUAUGAUAAACGACCAGGCAGACUGGUUUAUUUAUGGAAUUAUUAAGAAAGAAACAGUUCAAAGGCAAAGAGUCAUUUUAUUUCAUUUCACGCGUAAACUCAGUUUAUAAAAUAUAUAUUUUAUAUUCAGAAAUUUAAAAUACACGUACCUUGCAUAUGAAUAAUCCCCAAAAGUAAAUGAAAGGUAAUUUGACAACCAAGGACAAUGUUUUUAGAAGUAACAAAUUGCAUUCAUUAAAACUAAAUGCAACAUUAAAAGCAAAAAGAAGACUGACCAAAAAAGUAACACAAAGGAAUUACAUCAGAUAUUUUACAGCAUAUAACGGUAUUCCAAAGACCGGUAGACACUAUUACAUUCCAAAGUGACUUCGUCAUUCUCUUCCAUCUUUGCCAUUGUCAAAUAAGUGAAAACAAUUAAAGUGCAGAUUACAUUCCAGAGUAUUAAAUCAGCUCGUAAAAACAAAAGAAAAUAUUUACAAAAUGAUGUUUUGAAACAGUUGUAAUCUUAUCCUUGAGCUUAAUAACUAUGUUUUUUGAGAAGAUUUGGAAUAGAAAGUAAUAUUUCAUGUGACAAUCCUUUUCGUUUAAAAAUAUAUAGGCCACUACUGAAUCUGUUACGCAUAAUUAUUAUUGCACUAAACAUUUAAAACGAAAUAAAUAAUUGCAGCAACUGAAAUUUCCAGCAUGCUGACCGUUUUAUACUUUGCACACGUAAUUUAACAGUAAAAUUUGUAGAAUAAGCUGGCCUUUAAAAAUUCCUUAACUGUCUCAAUUUCCUCUUCAUUGUCAUCAUAUUUCAUUUUAAAAUUAAAAUUUCAUACUGAAUAUAUAUAUAUAGUCCCAAAACAUUUUGAUGAGUAAAUUAAUUUUCUUCAAUUACUGGUGAAGGUUUAAAAUACCAAUUUUGAAAGGCUGGUUUUAAAAAAGAAAAACUGUUCUUUGUUAUUUCUGUAUUUACGUCUUUGUGGUACAUAUUACAAAAUCGUACCCGAACUCUUUUAACUUUAAAGUAGCAAACUUUCAAGUUGUUUGUUUAUUAACUAAAACAUUAAUUUUAAACUGUCAGAUGUUUCGAGUGAAAGAUGUGAUUGAAACUAGUAGUUGCUGUCAUCAGUCUAUCACUGUGUGUAAUUGAACUCUUGGACAACAGUGGCAGCAUAAACAGUGCUUGUGUUCAUUUCCCUCCUCACUCCUAAUAAAGGUAUGUGCACGAGAAAA